GAGCAAGUUCACCUGCUACACACGGCGCCUCCCACACUCUUUGUCACCGGACCGCCCGGUACAGGUAAAACUGUGGUGCUGCUGCUGAUGGCCAUACAGUGGCUGCGAUGUGGUCACCACGUCUACAUUGUCAGUACUUGGUGGGGGAGUCGUGCAUCGAGCAUCAUGUUGUACCAUCUGCUCCUUUUUAUUGAGAAAAGGCAACUUCUGUCACAGAAGACAUCGAAUCAGCUUCACUUCCUGCAGUAUGAUGUCAGACAUGAAGAGGAGGCAGAGAAGGCCGUCAACGAGUUGUUACAGGCAACAAUACGUGGGGUGGCCUAUGUCAUCGCCGAUGAAGUGAAUGGGGACUUCAAGAAUUUUGGUGAAAGGUUGGUAACGAAAAUUUCUGAUGUACAUGUCUGGGCUUCAAGUUGUUACCAUGGAGACGCACCCGCUGGGUGGCGAAUGGAAUAUUUAACCAGACCCCUCCGCUCUCCACCGGCCGUCGUCAGGGAAGUCGAGCAGAGCAAAAUAAUAAAGGAUAAAUAUGUCCUGGGGUACAGUAAGCGUCGUGUACCCGACCACACAGACGGCCCGCCAGUUACACGACUGUAUCACGGAGGUCAAGGUCACUCAGGUGACUGGCCAAUCAACUGUGUCACGUGCGGUCUUGAGGUGGCCAGAGUCCUACACAGUCUCCGUGUUGGUGUCACGGAUACUGUCGUCAUCUCCGGUGGCACAACACCUGCCUGCCUGCAGUGGCGAGACGUGCUGGUGUUGUAUGGAGGUAACACUAGACAAAUCUCGGGUUUAUCUGUGAUGAGGGGUCUGAGAGAAGCGGGUAUCCCAGUCUGGGUGAUGGAGGAUGAGGACAUUGAGGACGUGGCUACAGCCCGCAGUGACGUGGUGUGGAUAACAAAUGUAGAGCGUGUUCUCGGUCUGGAGAGAAAAGUCAUCGUCCACUUGGUGACGGAAGAGUCUGGCUCCGUCUCAUGUACUGCACAAGGUACAAAGACAAGCAGCAGCCCUCUCUCUUCUCCCCAGCUGAAGGAACCGUUUCUUCAAAAGUUCAGUCAUAUUGCUACAGUGGGAUGAGUUCUUGUUUCUGAUCUCAAUCCGUGCCUACUUCCUGCCUCCUGCUACUUCAGCCACAACAGAUGAUUGAUCAGGUUUCAGAGCCUUCAUCAUGAAGCACGAAAGGCUGUUAUUGAAGCUGGAUAAAAUGUCUAAAUACAACGGAGAGUGUUGGUCGGAAAUAAGCCGCUUAAGUUUGGACUGCAUCUUAAUGAAGUUUCUUU